GCCUGGCCCAUCGCGGCCGCGGCAGCCGGGGGGCCCGGAGCGGGCGAUGUGAGGAGCCGGGACGGGCCGCGGAGCCGCCCGGGGUCCGUCCCUGCGGCCCUCCGGGAUGAAGCUGAAGAAGCAGGUGACAGUCUGCGGAGCUGCCAUCUUCUGCGUGGCCGUCUUCUCCCUCUACCUGAUGCUGGACCGGGUGCAGCACGACCCUGCGCGCCACCAGAGCGGGGGCAACUUCCCCCGGAGCCAGAUCUCGGUGCUGCAGAACCGCAUCGAGCAGCUAGAGCAGCUUCUGGAGGAGAACCACGAGAUCAUCAGCCACAUCAAGGACUCGGUGCUGGAGCUGACAGCCCACGCCGAGGGGCAGCCGGCGCUGCCCCCACACACGCCCAAUGUCUCCUGGGUGCUGCCCCCCGAGAGUCGCCCCAGCUUCCUCUCCGUCUCCCCACAGGACUGCCAGUUUGCCCUGGGGGGCAAGGGCCAGAGCCCAGACCUGCAGAUGCUGGCCAUCUACUCCCUGCUGCCCUUCGACAACCAGGACGGCGGGGUGUGGAAGCAGGGCUUCGAUAUCACCUACGAGCCCAAUGAGUGGGACACGGAGCCACUGCAGGUGUUUGUGGUGCCACAUUCCCACAACGACCCAGGCUGGAUCAAGACCUUCGACAAGUACUACUACGACCAGACACAGCACAUCCUCAACAGCAUGGUGCUGAAGAUGCAGGAGGACCCGCGCCGGCGCUUCAUCUGGUCCGAGAUCUCCUUCUUUUCCAAGUGGUGGGACAACAUCAGUGCCCAGAAGCGGGCAGCCGUGCGCAGGCUGGUUGGCAAUGGGCAGCUGGAGAUGGUGACAGGUGGCUGGGUGAUGCCCGAUGAGGCCAAUUCCCACUACUUUGCCAUGAUUGACCAGCUGAUUGAGGGGCAUCAGUGGCUGGAGAAGAACAUUGGCGUGACACCCCGCUCGGGCUGGGCUGUCGACCCCUUUGGGCACAGCUCCACCAUGCCUUACCUGCUGAAGCGCUCCAACCUGACGGGCAUGCUCAUCCAGCGCGUGCACUAUGCCAUCAAGAAGCACUUUGCGGCCACCCAGAACCUGGAGUUCAUGUGGAGACAGACCUGGGACCCGGACGCCAGCACCGACAUCUUCUGCCACAUGAUGCCCUUCUACAGCUAUGAUGUGCCCCACACCUGUGGGCCAGACCCCAAGAUCUGCUGCCAGUUCGACUUCAAGCGCCUGCCGGGCGGCCGCAUCAACUGCCCGUGGAAGGUGCCUCCCCGAGCCAUCACCGACAGCAACGUGGCUGAGCGGGCCCAGCUGCUGCUGGACCAGUACCGCAAGAAGUCCAAGCUGUACCGCAGCAAGGUGCUGCUGGUGCCCCUGGGAGACGACUUCCGCUACGACAAGCCGCAGGAGUGGGAUGCCCAGUUCCUCAACUACCAGCGCCUCUUUGACUUCCUCAACUCCCAGCCCAACCUCCAUGUCCAAGUGCAGUUUGGGACACUCUCAGACUACUUUGAUGCCCUGUACAAGAGGCUGGGCAUCGUGCCAGGGAUGAAGCCACCUGGGUUCCCAGUGCUGAGCGGGGAUUUCUUCUCCUAUGCCGACCGGGAAGAUCACUACUGGACCGGCUACUACACCUCCCGGCCCUUCUACAAGAGCCUGGACCGUGUGCUGGAGGCCCAUCUCCGGGGGGCAGAGAUCCUGUUCAGCCUGGCCCUCGCCCACGCCCGCCGCGCCGGCGCCGAUGGCAAGUACCCGCUCUCGGACUAUGCCCUGCUGAGCAACGCGCGCCGCAACCUGGGGCUCUUCCAGCACCACGACGCCAUCACCGGCACCGCCAAGGAGGCCGUGGCGGUUGACUACGGAGUCCGGCUGCUCCACUCCCUCACCAACCUCAAGCGCGUCAUCAUCAACGCCGCACAUUACCUGGUGCUGGGGAACAAGGAGACGUACCACCAUGACCCUGCUGCGCCUUUCCUCGGCAUGGACGACACACGCCCCGGCCAGGACUCCCUCCCAGAGAAGACAGUGGUCAAACUGGACACGUCGCCACGGUUCCUGGUGGUGUUCAACCCUCUGGAGCAGGAGCGGCUGAGCGUGGUGCCCGUGCUGGUGGACUCUCCGCACGUGCAAGUGCUCUCUGAGGAGGGGCAGCCCCUGCCCGUCCAGCUCAGCGCACACUGGGGCUCUGCCACUGACAUGGUGCCUGAUGUCUACCAGGUGUCGGUCCUGGCCCGGCUGCCCGCGCUGGGGCUGCGUGUCCUGCAGCUGCACCGGUCCCUGGACGGCCGGCCCGUGGCCUCCACCCGCCUCUACCUGCAUGGCCGGGACGUGUCCGUGCGCAGGCAGGAGCCUGUGCCCCUGCACGUCUUCCCGGCCACCACCGAUGACUUCUGCCUGGAGAACCAGCACCUGCGGGCCUGCUUUUCGGGAAGCUCGGGCCUGCUGCAGAGCGUCCGCCGAGCUGGCGAGGAGCGGGAGCAGAGGGUCAGCAGCGAGUUCCUUGUCUACGGCACCAGGACCUCCAAGGACAAGAGCGGAGCCUACCUCUUCCUGCCCGACGGCGAGGCCAAGCCCUACGCCCCCAAGGAACCCCCGGUGGUGCGGGUGACCGAGGGACCCCUCUUCUCAGAGGUCGCCAGCUACUACCAGCAUGUCCAGACCGUGAUGCGGCUCUACAACGUGCCAGGGGUGGAGGGCCUGUCUCUGGACGUGUCUUGCGUGGUGGACAUCCGUGACCAUGUCAACAAGGAGCUGGCCCUGCGCUUCACCACGGACAUUGAGAGUGACGAUGCCUUCUUCACCGACCUCAACGGUUUCCAGAUCCAGCCCCGCAGGUACCAGAGGAAGCUGCCCCUGCAGGCCAACUUCUACCCCAUGCCGGCCAUGGCCUACAUCCAGGACACGCAGAGCCGCCUGACCCUGCACACAGCCCAGGCCCUGGGGGUCUCCAGCCUCGGCAGCGGCCAGCUGGAGGUGAUCCUGGACCGGCGCCUCAUGCAGGACGACAACCGGGGCCUGGGCCAGGGGCUGAAGGACAACAAGCGGACCUGCAACCGGUUCCGUCUCCUGCUGGAGCGCCGCACCACUGCCAGCAAGAGCUCCGGCUUCUUUUCCAAACUGACCUCCAUGUUUAAAGCCUUGGGCUUCCCUGGAGCCAGGACUGGCAGCCCAGAGCAGGUACAGGACGGCCACCCCAUCAGCUUCCCCUCCCUGCUGAGCCACAUCACCUCCAUGCACCUGAACGCCGAGGCCCUGGUCAUGCCGGUGGCCCAGGAGAAGCCGGUCCCACCAGCCCUGCGCUCCUUUGCGCCCCUUUCCAACACCCUCCCCUGCGACUUCCACAUCCUGAACCUGCGGACGCUGCAAGCUGAGCAGGAUGACUCCCUGCCCUCAGCCGAGGCAGCCCUAAUCCUGCACCGCAAAGGCUUUGACUGCAGCCUGGAGGCCAAGAACCUGGGGUUUAACUGCACCACCAGCCAGGGCAAGCUGGCCCUGGGCAGCCUGUUCCGGGGGCUGGAGCUGGGCUCCCUGCAGCCCACCUCACUGACCUUGAUGUACCCACUGAGCAUGGCCUCCAACAGCACCAACAUCCACCUGGACCCCAUGGAAAUCUCCACAUUCCGCAUCCGCCUGGGGUAGUGUCUCCCAGAGGGGGAGAGGAGCAGCGUGGGAGCAGCACCGGCACGGCCAGCAGAGGCUGGGCCAGCGGGCCCGGGCAGGCGGGUGCUGGGCAGGAGGUGCCAGGCUUGCCAAGGCUGCUGCUGUCUAAUUUAUUAGUCCCGUGUUCUCAGAUAGAUUUCAGAAGCAAACUACUGUGGCAGGACUGUGCAGGAGCUGCCGGACACUGCCUGGGCAUGGAGGGCACGGGCUGGGCUCUGCUUGGUGCCCAGGAGGGUGCCUACCCAGCCUCUGGGGGCAGAGGCCCUGCUGGGCUCCCCCUGACCCGUGGGGCAGCGCAUGGGGUGCCGGCAGCCCUGGCCAGGGCAGUGCUGUGAACUGGAGACUGAGCUCAUCCGGAGCUUGUAGGAAACACGAGGCUAUUUCAGAG